AUGUUGGACAUAACAGGAUUAUUUGAUGAAAGCUUGGAAGCUAUAAGGUUGAGUAAAUACAAUGAUCAAGACUCGUCAGGAAGUGACUUUGACUAUGAUGAUACACAAUUGAAAGAUCUUAGAAGACAUUUUAAAAUCAUUUUAAAUAAUCAUCCUCCUAAAUAUUGUCCCGCCGAUUUCACAAACCAUGAUGACCUCGAAUUUGAAAAAUUAAUUAAAAUUGAUAAUAAUGCUCCAUUUAAUUAUGGUCCUGGUAAUUUUGACGUAAUAAUUUGUGUCGGUGAAGAACCGAACGUAGAAAGAUUCAGAAGUCAUUCUGUUAUUCUUAGUAAAAGAAGUUCAUAUUUUAGAACUGCUUUAUCAAGCACAUGGGCAAAGAAAUAUUUGUAUAUCGGUAAAAUCAAACUGGAAAGAUUGGACAUUAAAACAUUACUCGAUAUAAUGAUCGCAUCUGAUGAACUUGUCCUUCAAGAUCUCAUUGAUCAAAUUCAAA